UUGCAAGCAAAAUAAACGAAGAUAGUUCUGCCAAAGCAUUUGUAAUUGCAACAGAAUUGCAGGGGCGCCAAUACCUUUUGCCAGAAGUGUAUAUACAGUUGGCAAAAGGGGGUUGUACAAUGUAUUAACACCAGGGGUGCUAAUAAUUGUGACACACAUUAUUUGAUGUCGAAUAAUUAUUUCUUUAUGUGGGAUUUUUUUCCCCACUGAAUAAAUGCACUUGUAUUGGAGGUUGGAUUUUUCUCUUUUUUUCCAUUAAGGUCCCAUAUUAUUUGAAUUAAAAAAAAAAUAUUAAAAGCUAAAAAACACAUCUUAACCAGGGGUGCCAAUAAUUAUGGAGGGCACUGUAGGUGCUUUUCAGGAGUUCACACACAGCACAGAAAGUCUCGGAGUCUCAUCUAGGUCGUGCUGAAUCCAUUUUUGGAGAUUCCGUGGGUUCCUCUGGUUUGAUUUUGCAGUUUUAACGUUGUCAAUACACUGCUUACUUCAACCACACUUCGUGUUGUUCUGUCUAAACCGGAAGUUCGGAGCAGAUAUUGUCAAAGAUGGCGCCGCCCAUGUUUCCCUCAGGAAACUUGUCUAUGAGAAUACAUAAGGCAGCGGUUCUUAAACAUUUUACUGCAAGCAUCACCUAAAAGAGUUGUAUCAUCAGGGCCAAUAUUAAGUCAUUGGAUUCCACUGACGGAUGUAGACGUCCAAUCCAGGAGCUUGAGGAACCCUGCUAAUCAAAAUGAAAUGGACAUUUGGCACCGUCAAUGGCACUGAAAGAUGAGCAUUCUCAGCCAGUCCUCCCAGUAAAUGUAGUAGGCCAACAUUUUGCGAAUUUUCAUUUUUAUAAACCAGAAUUAAAGAAUUUAAGACGCAUUUAGAUUAAACAAAACAAAAAAAAGAUAUCAGUAUUCGGGCCGGGAGAUUCCGCUUUUAUCACUUUCUGAUCUGUAUCCUGAUAUCUGUGUGGCGAACCGUUACGUAUUGCGAUACUUCAGCUAUGGCAAUAUAUUAAUUUUCAUUUUUUUAAAAUUAUAAAAACACAGAGGCAUUUAUCUCCAUUCAAACCAGAUGCCAUUUUACAUUUUCUAAUUUUUUUUUUCACAUUGAUAUGUGCAUUAACUGUUGCAGCAUCAGUACCUGUGCAAAAUAGAACAAAAACUAUUUAAUAUUCUUAACAUUUUAUACUGUGUCUGUAUAUAUAAAAUAUACAGAUUGGUCCAAGAAAAGAUGAUUAUUGAAAACGAGCAAAAUUAAUUCUAAAAGUGAGCUCGUCAGCUGCCAUUGCUGCCGUUCAAUCUGUUUUGCCUGGGCGCAGGCAGUAAAUGAUGUUUCACUGCCAUUGACGGUAAAUGGCAAAUCAGUGGCGGUAAUGAAAAAUGAAGUGUUUUGAGGCCAAAGGUCUUUUAAGACUAAAAUGACUAUCAAUGCUGGUAAUCAAAGUAACUCCUUUGUUAAUUCCAACCCACAUUAAUUCAAUGCUUUACAAUGACUGCAUUGUCAUCAAUGUGUACUCGUCAUUACUGAAGUGGAGACGUUAUGUCCUGCUUACUUCUGGUUUCUUAGCGACCGCCACAACAUAACAGUGCAGAUCUGUUUCCUAAGGCACAGGUACAGUAGCGACUAUCUGCCUUAUGUGUUUUCAUAUGACAAUCUCAACUCCAAAGAGUUGGGCUUCAAAGUUAAACAGGUGUUUUGCGGCAAAACCUCCAAGCGCCGAUCCCAAAAUAUGUCAGGUGAGAGGAGCUCGGGCCCGUCCAGAGGUUCUGUCUGGCUCCCACCUGAGCGGAACGAGGCAACACCGUUAACGGGAGGCACACCAAGAUUUGGCGCUCUGAGCCACCACUCCUUCUUCUCCAGACACAACCCUCAUCCGCAUCGGGUGAGGCACAUUCAAGGGCUCAAUGGACGGCCUGUUUGCAUGGUGAAAGACGACUGGUUAGUCACAUCCUCGUUAUUUCCACAUCCGCUACUCAAGAGUUAUGUCCAGAGGCAAGCCGGUGUCCCGUCAUUGGCUAACAUGCCACAUCAAACUCACUACGGGUUCAACAGUAGCAAAUCAGCGAUGUUUUCAGAGGCUUGGAGGGAUGAGUUAAAGGAGCUGGCAGCCAAAGUCAGUUUGGCUUCCCAAAAAGACAAAAAACAGGCCCAACCUACGGACGAACCCACCCGACGGGAGACCCAAUACUCUGCCCAAACCGGGAGACUCAUCCCUCCGAGCGCCAAGUCUCAAACCCGUCGACCUUAUUCCCAACGCCUCGACCAACAGAAACCAUUGCAUGACCAAGAACUUAUGGUGCUGGAGCUGCUUUGUCAAAUCCUUCAGACAGAUUCGUUGUGGGCGGUCCAGCGAUGGCUAUUAUUGGCUGGCCACAGAGAGAAGGAGCUGGUGAUGAGGAUGAUCAAACAAGUGGACUUUGCAGGCCGCAGGCCAUCAAAUCUGGAGUGCCUUCAGGCGUACGACCCUUUGUCCUCUCGCCCACACUGGAGAACCCAGCAGAGAGCAGAGUCGAAUGGAACUUCUAGCUUUGACAAGCCAGAAACCAUCGGUGAUGCAGAGAUCCUUCAAAUCCACACUGAGACUGAACAAGAUGCACAGGAUAAGCUGAGCCGCUGUUUGACUUGAUAAUACAUAGACUUGUAGCCCACAAAUAAAUAAUCAAAGUUGUUACUAAACAGUUUUACUUGGGCAAGAAUGAUCAUUUGUUUGAUUUAAAAAAUAAAAUACACUUAAGAGCAUGUAAUAGCACAAGGACCUUAGAUUGUUUGCAAGGAUACCAAAUAAAGAUGAAAAUGGUGAA